GGGGCGGGCGGCUAUCUGGGUCUUUAACGGUCCGUCGUGCGUCUACGACUCGGCGGCUACACAUGGUUUCUUGUUUGAUAGAGAGGGACACGAGGGAGGGAGAGACGGCCUCUGGCUCCAGUGCAGCUGGGGGAUGGCUGACUGGUGGCUCUCCUCGCCGGGUGACGUGCGCACGUAUGCUUUCUUUUAUCCUCCCCGCUCUCCUCCUCCUCCUCCUCCUCCUCCUCCUCCUCCUCCUCCCUUCUCUCUCUCUCUCUCUCUCUCUCUCUCUCUCUCUCUCUCCACAUAUAAAGGCGUUUACUCCCCCCGCACGGUGCGCUGGAGUCGAGUGGUUCUUUUUUUUCUUCUCGUUUCCUCGUUUUUUUGUUGUUAAGCACGGCGGCUGUCUGGCAAGCGGGUUUGGUAUAGGCUGGGUUAGGCUGUAGGGUAGCGAUGGCUGGGGAGGCAGGCCGGGAUAAGAGAAGGAGGGGAGACAGGGACGGUGUUUUUACUUGGAUCGACUCGAUGCGAGAGCGUCGUCAUUUAUCAUUGCCAUCAUCAAUUCAGCCCCGUUUCAUGACGUGAUUUCCCUAGGCGGCGUCUCGGGGACCUGAGAGACAGGCAGAAUUGCUGCAGACGCAGCGUUGGCAUUUAUCUAUCUUGCGCGCGCGCUCUCUCACGUACAUG